UUUAAAACACGCGAGGACACAAAGUAGGAAUUUUAUAGAUAGCUGGGAUGCAGGAAUAUAUAUAUAUGAGCGUUGUAAAGAGAGGAAAUUGCAUAUUGAAAUACUACUCGGAGUGUGGUAUUCAGUUAUAGUCGCAACUUUAGUCCCAGAUUCGUAAAGACCUUCAUUGGGUUAACUACAGUUUAACGUUCGCAAGACUCGUUGAUUGUAAAAUUGCUCCUUUUUGUAUUCGCACAUUAUUUUAUAUUUAACUAAUUUUCAAUUAAUUGGAACAAAAAAAAAAUCAGCAUAAUGAUGCGUUUGGCAUUUUGUCUCAUUACCAUAGCGGCAAUUAUUCUUCAAGGCGAAUCUGAUGAUUCGAAAAAUUUCAAUCAGGAAAAAGAUUGGAAAUUGGCAAAAACUGUUUAUGACUUUCAUGCAAAAGACAUUGAUGGCAAUGAUGUUUCACUUACAAAAUAUAAAGGUUCCGUUCUUGUGAUUGUCAAUGUUGCAACAAAUUGUACAUUAACUGACGCCAAUUAUGAACAACUUCAAAAUCUCUAUCAAACUUAUGGCAAUUCAAAGGGAUUGAAAAUUCUUGCUUUUCCUUGUAAUCAAUUUGCUGGCCAAGAACCGGGUACACCACAACAAAUUAAACAAUUUGUUAAGGAUCGUUUUAAUGUCACAUUUGAUAUGUUUGAUAAAAUUGAAGUGAAUCAAGAAAAUGCACAUCCACUGUGGAAAUGGAUGAAAUCACAGCCAAAAGGAGCGGGUACCAAUGGAACACAAGAUAUUGAAUGGAAUUUCACUAAAUUUAUUAUUAAUAAAAAUGGUGAAGUUGUCACGAGAUUUGCACCACGAAUUGAACCAAAUGAAAUGAAAGGUACACUCGAGAAAUUAUUUGAUGAGAAAGUUUAAAAAUAAUUAUAAUUUUCAUUUAUUUUUUUUGUAUAAAAGUAGAAAUAUAAUUUAGAUUUUCUUAUAGUUUUAAUAUUGAAUUAUUUUUAAAUUUAUUUUAAUAAGAAAAUUUAAUUUUUAUAUUCAUAUAUUUGUUUAUAUUCUUAGUGGAAAAAAAAAAAUUCAUAUUUCCUUGAAAAAUUGUAAAUAAAAAAAAAUCAUACUAAUAUACAAAUUUUUCCUAUUUUUUAAGUUAACAUUAAUUUUUUUUAUAUUUUUAAUAAUUUUUAAUUUAAAAUAAAUUAAUAUUAAAUUUAAGAUCUAUUGUUAAGUAUAAAUGAUGUAUUUGAUAAGAAUAAAAAAGUUUAAGUGAAUUU